GCUAAAUAAUUAAAAAUGUAUUAAUGUUUAAUAAAUACAGCCGUUACAUUUUAACUAUUUGCAAUAUGUUCUAUCCCAAGACACCAUUUUUGGGCAAGGCUGCGCUGCUGGAAAGCGAAAUACUCAAAGUGCACUCCGCAGCGCUGCCGCAACUGCUGCCUUGGCUCUGCCAGACGCCUAGGACUACAACCUAUCGUGUUAACACCUUACACAGCAGCGUGACUGAGUUUAAGCAAAAAUUAGAGUCUAUACUAAGCUUUAAAUAUGGACCUGCUGCACCCAAAGUAUACGGACUUCCCGAACUGCCGGAAAUUUUGUGCAUAGCACCAUUGGACAGCACAACAGUUGCAGCAUAUGAUGACACACACAAGCAGAUUAUAGUGGACACCAGCUGUGGUGCUGCAUUGCUGCGUGGCGCGCACAUUUAUGCACCCGGCGUGCUAGCCAUGGAAACGGGCACACAGCUGCGGGAAUUGGUUAAUGUGUUUGCAGACUUGCCUGGCAAAUGCAAACGCGGCACAACUACGCGCUAUGAGUGCGAGCAGAAGAUCUUUCUGGGCGUGGGCGAGGUGUUAAUGCAGCGUCAUCAGCUUUACAACAAUACAGAACAGGCGCCCACGGGCAUUGCCGUGCAGAUGAAAUGGAAUAUGAGCGGUGUGCCGGCACUAGGAGAUCUCAGCUCUGAGGCAGCUAUGCUGCAGAAUCUGCCUUCCAUAGUGUGUGUGCGUGUGCUGGCGCCGCAGCCAGGCGAGCGUAUAUUGGACAUGUGUGCCGCGCCGGGUAACAAAACCUCACACAUUGCCGAGCUUAUGCGUAACGAGGGCAUCGUUAUAGCCUUGGAUAACUCUGCUAGUCGACUGCGUGCCAUGCAGUCCAAGCUAGAGCACUAUAGCUGUAUUGAAUGUCAUCAUUUUGAUGCUACCAAGGCUUGCCAUGUGGAUGCAAGCCCUGAGUCAAACAGACCGCCCUUUCCGCCAAACAGUUUUGAUCGCAUUUUACUGGAUGCGCCUUGCAGUGGCCUGGGCAAUCGUCCACAGCUUUGCUGCAGCAUUAAGCAGCCAAAGGUGCUUGAAUCAUAUCCGCAUAUACAACGAAGACUGAUGACGCAAGCAGUGCAGCUGUUGCGUCCAGGCGGCGUGCUCGUCUAUAGCACCUGCACUGUUACCGAGGCGGAGUGCGAGGAACUGGUGGCGUGGACGCUGCGCAAGUUUCCACAGCUGCAGCUAGUGGAGGCGACACCCAAGCUAGGAGCAGCAGCUCUGCCACUGCCUGAGCUUAGUCCCACACUAUGCGAGCUGUUGCAACGGUUUGGUCCAGACUUGGAUACUGUAGGAUUUUUUAUAGCCAAAUUUCAAAAGUUGUAACACUUUUUAAAUAACACUUUAAGCUUUUAUAUAA